AUGUACGGUGGAUACGAUGGAUAUGCGGCUUACAACCAAGCUAUGGCCGCUUACGGAGCCUCAGCGAAUCAAAUGGCCGCAAAUGCAGCUUAUGGAGCAGCCAAUCAAAACGCUGCCGCUGCUGCUGCACAACAAGCUGCCGCCGCUCAAUCGACUGGACUCUACUCAAUGUUUGGAGAUUAUUCGACAUAUGGAUAUGGAGCGCCGGCUGCCGCUGCAAUGGGAUAUUCGGCUGGAUAUCCCUAUCAAGGAUAUGGAGCAACGACUGCUGUAGCUCAAACAGCCCCACCCGGACCCCCAACGAUGGCGGCUUAUCGAAAUGCAAGCUCAGUCACAAUGGGACCACAAGCUGCUGCAGCCGCGGCAACAAAGGCUCUAUCAGCUGUCCACAAACCGAAGCCUCCAGCUGGAACGAAUGCUGCUGGUGGACCAGCGACUGGUUAUGCCUAUGAAAGUGCUGUUUACAGCGCGGCCACUUCAUAUCUUCAAUCAAAGGCAACUGGACAAACGGGUCAAUGGUUGAACAAGAAAACAGGAAGGUCUUUUCCACAGAAAACGCGAUUCAAUGGAACGGGUGGGGCCAACUCAACACCAGCUCAACAAUAUUAUUGUGAAGUGUGCAAAAUUUCUUGUGCCGGAUCUCAAACCUACAAGGAACACAUUGAAGGACAAAAGCACAAGAAAAAGGAAGCGCUUGCAAAGGGCGAAGGGAAGGUGGCUCUUCCGAGGAACAAGAUCUCUUUCCGAUGUGAUGUGUGCAAUGUGACCUGCACUGGACAAGACACCUACAAUUCACAUGUAAAAGGAUCAAAGCAUCAAAAAGCGGUUGCAAUCUGCAAGAAAAUGGGAAAAGAUGUACCCACGACCGACCAACCGACUAUCAUUCCACCUGCACAAUUGGGUGGAGUCGCCAAAGCUGUGCCACCCGCGCAAACGACGCAAGCUGGCGGAAAGGUGGUGGGAGUCUCAACAAUCUCAUUUGUUCCAUCGGGAGCUCUUUCUACAACGGCUCCAAGCGACGAGAAGAAGAAAGCGUGUUUGGAAGCAGUUGGUUCUGCUGGACCAGCCGAGUCGACGCUUGAUCGAGAAAUGCAAGCCCUAUUGGCUGCUGAACAAUCGGUGAAACCCGUCGGAGAGGAAUACAUCGAAGCACAGAAAGAUCACACUGGAAAACUCAUCCAAUUCUUGUGCAAAUUGUGCGAUUGCAAGUUCAGCGAUCCAAAUGCCAAGGACAUUCAUCUCAAGGGUAGACGCCACCGUUUGCAAUACAAAGUGAAAGUGAACCCCAAUCUGGAAGUGGAUGUGAAACAGUUUUCAAAGAAUCGGGUCAAAGGAACCCCUGUGAUGCCUCGUCAACUCCAUCAUCCAGGUUUCGCUUAUCAAUCACAAUUUGGUUCGUAUCCGGGAUCAUUCAGUGGUGAACGUCGAUUUGAAAACAUGAACGACCGCUAUGUACAAGUCAAGCAUAAUAACAUCUACCCUGAGGAAGGAAUGUUGCAAGUGAUUGAAAUGUUGGUCUUCAACAUCGAGAAAGGAUUGAAGAAUGUGUCGGAUUUCUUUGCUGAACGAGAUACGGCCAAGGAAGAGGCAGAAGGGGAGAAGAAACAACUCAAUGAAAAUCGAACGUUGCAAGGAGUGAUGCGUGUUGGAAUCCUUGCCAAGCAACUCAUUCUGAAGAGUGACACCGAGGUCGAGGUGGUUGUGCUGUGCACCAAUUAUCCGACAGAGACUCUCGUUCGUGAAGUAGCUGAACUUUUGCCUGGAAAGUGUGAUGAAAUCACUUUUGCAGGAGCUCCAAAGGCAUUCAAAACCGAGAUUCAAAUGAAACAAGGAGCUAUUUUGGUUUCGGUUGAAGAAAUGCCAAUCAAAUGCCGAGUGACAUUCACAUCAAGAGUUGCACGUGAAGACGGAGGAGCUCCAACAGUUCGACCAGCAAAUGGGCUUCCACUUGAUCGUUGUCUUCAAGCACUCGCUGAUCUCCGUCGCGCUAAAUGGUUCCAAGCACGUUGUCCAAUGUUGCAAUCGUGUCAAGUUACUUUGCGAAUUCUCCGUGAUCUCCGUCAACGAAUCCCUUCUUGGAUGCCAUUAGAUGAUUGGACAAACGAGUUGCUGGUUGAGAGAAUUCUUGCUUCAUCGGGAGCACAGUUGAGCGUUGGAGAUGCUUUUCGCCGAGUCUUUGAGGCGAUUUCAGCCGGAAUUCUCUUCAAUAAUGGUCCAGGUCUUUCUGAUCCUUGCGAGAAAGAGAAAGUCGAUGCACUUGCCCGCCUUUCCAAUCAACAACGAGAGGAUAUUACAAGCAGUGCACAACAUGCUCUCCGUUUGAUCGCUUUCAAUCAGCUUUAUCGCAUUUUGGAUAUCGAGAAGCUUCCUUUUUUCGGACCGGGACCUCACGGGGGCCCACCGCCUGAUCGAAAGCGACCAGCUUCAUCGACGACUCCUCCCGCACAACCGGAGAAAGUCGUCAAAGUCGAAUCGAAGCCGGAGGUGCCCCCCGCU